UUAGUUUCUUUUUUAAAAAAAACAAAGUUGCACAGUCUGUAAAUGGUGAAGAGGCUCCAAGCGGCGCUGGGGGAGAGGGGUUGUAUGUGAGGGUGGUGCUUUUUACAGGCUCACACUCACUCACACUCUCCUCUCCUUCUGUCUCCCUCUCUGCUCUCCCCUCUCCCCCUUUCUCCUCUCUUUCUCUCUCCCUCUCUCCCCCCUCUUCCUCUCUCCCCCUCUUCCUCUCUCUCCCCACCCCUCUCUCUCUCUGUCUCUUCCCCCUCUCUGCUCUCCCUUCUCUCCCCCCCCGGGACCAGCCUCCUCGCCCCCGCCGCGGCAGAGCGGGGGUUUUCCGGACUAACCAUGCGGACUUUCCGCAGGCCGAAGUUCAUGAGUUCGCCCAGCCUGUGCGAGCUGGGCAGGAGCGAGCAGGCGGCCGCCGACGAGCGGGGCAACCAACAACGUCGCGCCGGCAACAACGCCACCUGGAACAGCAUACAGAACGCCGUGAUUGCCGUGUUCCAGCGGAAAGGUUUACCUGAUAAUGAGCUUCAUCACCUCAACGAGGGGGUCAGGCAGUUACUGAAAACUGAGCUCGGAUCUUUCUUCACGGAGUAUCUUCAGAACCAGCUGCUGACUAAAGGCAUGGUGAUUUUGAGGGACAAAAUACGAUUUUAUGAAGGACAGAAAUUGCUCGACACUGUGGCGGAGGUUUGGGACUUUUUCUUUUGUGACAUUCUUCCAAUGCUGCUGGCAAUAUUUUACCCUGUCCAGGGGAAGGAGCCGACUGUCCGGCAGAUAGCCCUGCUACAUUUCAGGAAUGUGAUCACGCUGAACGUGAAACUGGAAGAUGCUCUCUCACGCCCACGUGCCAGGGUCCCCCCUUCAAUCGUUCAGAUGCUGCUAAUAUUACAGGGCGUUCAUGAGUGCAAGGGGGUGACGGGGGAUUACCUGCGGCUGGAGUUGCUGAUACAGAAGGUGGUGUCUCCAUACCUGGGCACGUACGGUCUACACAUGGGAGACGAACAUGUCACGCACUCCGCCUGUUUUCUGGAAAAAAAGUUUUUCCCACGGUGCCCCAAAUCGAACGAGCUUCUGGCCAAGAACCCGGUGGUGCGUUCGAAGAGCUACAAUAAUCCGAUGCUGACGCCAGUGGCAGAGUAUGAACUGGAAGGGAGCCUGGUGAACGGGACCAGCAUCAGGAGGCACUCUGUGUCGGAAAUGACCACGUGCGGCGAGCCUGAAGCCCUCUUAAACCGCAGCUCCUACGUCACCUCCCCCGCUCCGGAUCCCACCGCCAUUGUUACCGGCGCGGCGACGAGGGAUCGCUCCCCGGGAGAACAAGAGCGGACCGGCGCGGGCCAGAGUCUGUUCCAAGCGGAGGCUCCAGCAGGAGCCCAGGACAAUGGUUUCAAGUCGUCCACCGGCCCCUCGCCCACGCCGGCCGCAUCGUCCGGCCACGAGAGCACGGUGGACAAUGCGCUGGAAUCGGAAGGGAUCUUUAUCGACUUUGGCCGGUGUUCAGAGACGCCGACCUACGGCCGGGACAUGGGCAGGCAGAGCGUGGUGUGACGUCCAGCCGAACGGCAAAGCCAGGAGCGUAAUAAUGCAAUAACCAGACCACUCACAACUGCAGUCAAACCAUGCCUGACGCACUGCCAGUUACGCGAUGGUCAAGCGGUUUUCAGUUCAUUAAAGCAAGGAGGAAGAAGACUUAA